AUGGCCUCCCAGAUCAGUCAGAACUAUCACCAGGAUUGUGAAGCUGCUGUCAACAAGCAGAUUAAUGUGGAGCUCACUGCCUCUUAUCUCUAUCAGUCUUUGAUGUCCUACUUUGACCGGGACGAUGUUGCCCUUCCCCAUUUUUCCCGGUUCUUCAAACAUCAGUCCCAGGAGAAGCAGGAACAUGCAGAGAAGCUGCUGAAAUUCCAGAAUCAGCGUGGAGGCGGAGUCCUCCUGCAGGAUGUGAAGAAGCCAGAGAGGGAUGAGUGGGGUAACAGCCUGCAGGCAAUGCAGGUUGCCCUGGAUCUGGAGAAGAAUGUGAACCAGAGGUUGUUGGAUCUACACCAAGUCGCCACUGCCCAGACUGACCCUCAGAUGUCCUACUUUGACCGGGAUGAUGUUGCUCUCCCCCAUGUCUCCCGGUUCUUCAAAGAUCAGUCCCAGGAAAAGCAGGAACAUGCAGAGAAGCUGCUGAAAUUCCAGAAUCAGCGUGGAGGCAGAGUCCUCCUCCAGGAUGUGAAGAAGCCAGAGAGGGAUGAGUGGGGUAACAGCCUGCAAGCAAUGCAGGUUGCCCUGGAUUUGGAGAAGAAUGUGAACCAGAGUUUGUUGGAUCUACACCAACUCGCCACAGCCCAGACUGACCCUCAUCUGUGUGACUUCCUGGAGACUCACUAUUUGGAUGAGGAGGUGAGGAUCAUCAAGCAACUUGGGGACUACAUCACCAACCUGAAGCGCCUGGGAGCCCCUGAGAAUGGGAUGGGAGAGUACCUGUUUCCUAGGGAUCUUGGAGCCAGUUAUGGGUCAAAGCAGGACCAGCACUGGAGGCCUGUGACCUUCUCUUUCUCCCCAUCUCUUGUUCCAGCCAACUGCAGUUGCACCCCCUGCCUGGUUCAAUCCCUCUUGACAGUUCUGAGGAAGGGUGGCUGGACUCACUAUCGCAGACAGGUUUUGGACAGUCAGGAAGGAGUUGGGAAGUUCACAGCAGAAUUCCCAGCCUAUGACUUCCCAGUUUCUGAGCUGUUCGUUCUACAGAAUGCAAUGUAA